AUGCAUAGAGCUGAAGUUUCUAAAGGUGAAAUAGCGGCGUCUUAUUUCCAAAAUCUGUUCUCCACGUCUGAACCUUUCAACCCGCAAGAGAUGCUUUCUGGUCUUCAACCUAGAGUUUCAGACAGAAUGAAUCAAGAGCUUUUAGCCACGGUUUCAAAAGAAGAAGUAAAAAAUGCAGUGUUCUCUAUAAAGCCUUCCAGUUCACCGGGUGCAGAUGGUAUGACUGCGUUGUUCUUCCAGCAGUAUUGGGAGGUUGUAGGUGACCAGCUCAAUUCUCCACUGAUGAGUGAUUUAAGGCCGAUCAGUCUGUGCUCGGUGUUAUAUAAAGUGAUUGCAAAAGUUAUGAUGGCAAGACUGCAACCAUUAUUGUCUGAAAUAGUAUCACCAAACCAAUCAGCUUUUGUUCCAGAAAGGUUGAUUUCAGACAACAUCCUUAUAGCUCAUGAAGCAGUUCAUAGUCUCCGUACUCAUAAGGAUAUCUCUAAGAGUUUUAUGGCGGUAAAGACUGAUAUGUCAAAGGCUUAUGACAGAAUGGAAUGGAGUUUUCUUGAAGGAGUGCUCAUUGCUCUAGGGUUUCAAAGAAGAUGGGUGGAUAUGAUCAUGUACUGUGUGUCCUCAGUUUCUUACACAGUUCUAAUUAACGGUCAGCCGUUUGGGCUCAUUAAUCCGCAACGUGGUUUAAGACAGGGUGAUCCUCUCUCUCCGGCUUUAUUUGUGCUUUGCGCUGAGGGUUUGACUCAUUUGCUUAAUAGAGCUGAAUUGGAUGGAAGCUUAAAUGGGAUUCAGUUUUCUCCUGUUGGUCCUUCGAUUCACCAUCUUCUGUUUGCAGAUGACAGUCUGUUUCUAAUCAAAGCUUCAGUGGAUCAGGCGCUGACUCUCCAAGGUAUUCUGGUUGACUAUGGAAAAGUUACAGGUCAGUUGAUCAACCUGGACAAGUCUUCAAUUACUUUUGGUAGCAAAGUGGAUUUAGGAGUCAGGGCCAUUAUUCAAGAAAAGUUGGGAAUUGUUAAAGAAGGAGGGGCAGGUGUAUAUUUGGGAUUACCGGAAUGCUUUAGUGGUUCCAAAGCAGACUUACUAGCCUAUAUCCACGACAAAAUGAAAAGUAGGAUGUCAGGUUGGUUCGCCCGGUCUCUUUCGCAGGGUGGAAAAGAAAUCCUACUGAAAUCAGUGGCCAUGGCAAUGCCUGUGUUCGCUAUGUCAUGUUUCAAGUUACCAAAAAUGACUUGUGAGAAACUGACAUCUGCUAUGUCAGCCUUCUGGUGGGACUCAGUUGAGGACAAAAGGAAAAUGCACUGGUUGGGAUGGGAUAAGUUGUGUUUGCCUAAACAUUUAGGUGGUCUUGGGUUUAAAGAUAUUCAAAUCUUCAAUCAAGCCUUGCUGGCAAAACAAGCAUGGAGGAUUCUGCAAGAAGAAAACAGCUUGUUUGCCUCAUUUUUCAAAAGUAGGUAUUUUGUUGAGGGAGAUUUCUUAUCCGCAGAGCUUGGAGAUAGACCUUCUUAUGCUUGGAGGAGCAUUCUCCAUGGUAGGGAUUUGUUAAAAAGAGGUCUGAGACAAAUGAUUGGUGAUGGUGAAUCUACCUAUGUUUGGUCAUCUCGUUGGUUACUUGAUGGUGUUAUCAGAGCGCCCUUGAUGAAGAAUAUCAUCUUCGAUUUGGACCUUAAAGUUAAAGAGUUGAUUAACCCAUCAACACUUUCUUGGGAUCUGUCAGUUCUGAACCAUCAUUUUUAUCCCCGGGAUGUGGAGUUGAUUUGUAAACAGAAGCCUGUUCCUUUAUCAAAAGAUUUCCUGAUAUGGGAACAUACUAAAAGUGGGGCUUAUUCAGUCAAAUCCGGGUAUUGGGCGGAGUAUCAAAGAGAGAAGAUUGAGCUGGUUACAGAGGCCUUAAUGCAACCUUCAAUCCUUCCUUUAAAAGACCAGAUUUGGAGAUGCAGUACUGUCACAAAGAUUAAGACAUUUAUGUGGAAAGCAAUUUCAGGUGGCAUCCCAGUUGCUGAUAAGAUGAUGGAUAGAGGUCUUAAAUUCGAUUCCAGAUGUCAAAAAUGCGGUUUGGAAGGAGAAUCAACAAAUCAUGUCUUGUUCUCUUGUACGGUUGCUAGACAAAUUUGGGCACUCUACAACUUCCCGUCUCCAGAAAACGGUUUUGAUUCUCAGUCCCUUUAUCAGAACUUGUACUUCCUGUUUUUGACAAGCAAAAAUAUUAAAGUACAGGUCGAGAUAAGAAAAGCCUUCCCUUGGAUUCUCUGGCAACUUUGGAAAAAUAGAAAUUUGUGUUGCAUUGAAGGGAAAAGCUUUAGUCCUCCUGAAACAAUUAUCAAAAUCAGAGAAGAUGUUCAGGAAUGGCUUUUUGAGCAGUCGUUGGUUGAGGAGUCUGUGGAGCGUGUAAAGUCUGAACGUUCACAGCAAAAAAAAGGUUGGUCUCCCCUGCAGCUAGGUUGGUUUAAAUGCAAUUUUGCCUCGUCUUGGGACAAAAUUUCAAAUUCGAGUGGAGCGGCUUGGGUUUUGAGAGAUCAUAAUGGGGUAGUUCUUUUGCACAGUCGAGCAUCCUUUUCCCAGAUGUUUUGUAAGCAGGAUGCAAUGUUUCGAGGUUGGCUUUGGUCUAUUGAAAGUAUGUCUAGUCUUCAUUUCGAUAAGAUCCUUUUUGCUUCUGAAGAUUCUGAGCUUAUCGGAGCUGUUCUCAGACCAAAGGCAUGGCCUUGCUUUAAACUGCAGUCUCAUAUUUUGAGAGCUAGUUUGGAAAAAAUUUUGGAUUGGAAAUUGGUUAUGGAAGACAGGACCUCAAAUCUUGGAGCACAUCUAAUCGCUAGAAGUGUAACAAGGGAGGAUCGUCGCCAAUCGUAUGUAGUAUACACCUAG